ACGCUCCUCGCGCCGGGAGCUCUGGCGGCAGCGCUUCAUGGGCAACCUGCAGCGAUCCGGCCUCCACAUGGAAGAGGAGUUGGUGGAGACGCAGACAAGCCGCAAAACACUUUGUUUCAUUAAGCUCCAUGCCACGUGGUCUGUACUAUGCCACUAUGCAGAAGAACUGAAUAUGAGAGCACCAUUACAGGCUCAUCCAAAUCCUUCAAUUAACUGGUCUGAACAGAUACUCAAAGCUCUCCGGCUGCCAAAUAUUAUGUAUGAAGAUGUUCCCAACAAACCUCUUGAUUACUAUACUUGUCCAUUUCGCAAGUCUAAAAUAGACAGGUUCCUUGGCAGUGAUAACCAUGAUACUUACUUUACCAAUGUUCAGCGUAGUCGCAUAUUGUACGAGAUCCUUUCAACAGCUAUAUUUGGCAAGAAGAAGAAAGGUGAAGUGGGCAUUGAAAGGCUAGUGGAAGAAGGGGUCUUCUGCUCAGCAUUUCCUCUACAUGAUGGGCCUUAUGAAGUGAAGAGAAGAACUGAUGGCACACCACUAGGACCACUCAAUCCCCGUCAGGUCCUCUAUGAAUACUGGGCCCGUUGGGGAAAGUGGUAUAAGUACCAACCACUUGACCAUAUUAGAGAAUAUUUUGGUGAGAAGAUAGCAAUCUACUUUGCUUGGCUUGGCUUCUACACUGGAUGGCUACUGCCUGCUGCUGUGGUUGGCUUGUUGGUCUUCAUGUAUGGUGUUUGCACAAUGCACUCAAAUAGACUGGCAAAAGAAGUAUGCAGUAGCCAAGGACAGUUUAAGAUGUGUCCUCUCUGUGAUGUGGAAAUUGGUUGCAAUUAUUGGGACCUGAGUGAUGUUUGUGGCUAUGCUCAAUUUGCCUACCUCUUUGAUCAUCCAGGCACAGUCUUCUAUGCAAUUUUUGUUUCAUUUUGGGCUGUAACUUUCCUGGAGUACUGGAAACGCAAGUCUGCAAGCCUGGCUCAUCACUGGGAUUGCAUGGGGUUCCAGGAGGAAGAGGAACGGCCACGGCCGGAGUUCGCAGCACGUGCCCCAUUUCUGGAACGUAAUCCUGUUACUGGAGUGAGGGAACCAAGCUUCCCUUCCUCCCUACGGCACAAACGCAUUGCUGCAGGAAUUGGAAUAAUUUUUUUGAUGAUGUCCCUGGUUAUAAUUUUCAUUAUUGCCAUCAUAAUAUACAGAGUGCUUGUGUCUAUUCCACUGUUCCAAAAUGCAACCCUCAGAUCACAGGCACAGGCCAUAGCCAACCUUACAGGUGCCGUGGUGAAUUUAAUUCUUAUAAUGGUCAUGAGCCGUGUUUAUGAGAAGCUUGCUUAUCGUCUCACAACAUGGGAAAUGCAUCGUACACAGACAGAAUUUGAUGACAAUCUAACAUUCAAAGUGUUCAUUUUCCAGUUUGUGAAUUUCUACUCAUCAAUAUUUUACAUAGCAUUUUUCAAGGGUCGUUUUGUUGGUUAUCCUGGAAACUACACUAAAAUACUGAAACUCAGGAAUGAAGAUUGCAGUGCUGGAGGAUGUCUGAUUGAAUUAGCACAGCAAUUAGCUGUCAUAAUGAUUGGAAAGCAGAUAAUAAACAAUGCACAAGAAAUACUUGUCCCAAAGUUGAAAGCAUGGUGGCACAAGAAACAAGUUAAGCUUACUAAGAAGCACAAAACCCGAUGGGAAGAAGAUUACCAACUUAUACAGAAUGAAGGACUUUUUCAAGAAUAUCUGGAAAUGGUACUCCAGUUUGGUUUCAUCACAAUAUUUGUAGCAGCAUUUCCACUUGCUCCAUUGUUUGCUCUCCUCAAUAACUGGGUUGAAAUUCGUUUGGAUGCACAAAAGUUUGUGUGUGAAACAAGACGCACAGUUGCAGAGCGGGCAGAGAAUAUAGGCAUUUGGUUCAAAAUUCUUGAUAUGCUGGCACAUCUGGCAGUCAUAAGCAAUGGUUUCCUCAUUGCUUUCACUUCAGAAUUUUUACCCAAAUUAUUGUAUCAGUACGAGUAUGAUUGGGAUCUGACUGGAUAUGUGAAUUUCACAUUGGCAUAUGCUCCAAAGGGGAAUACAACUGAACAGUGCCGUUAUCGUGGAUUCAGAGAUGAGACUGGUAGUCACACACCAUUUUUUUGGAGACUGCUUGCUGUGCGCUUUGCCUUUGUCAUCAUUUUUGAGCAUGUUGUCUUUGGAAUCUGCCGACUGAUUGACAUUUUGGUACCUGAUAUACCAGAAAGUCUUGAACUGAAGAUAAAGAGGGAACGUUAUUUAGCAAAGCAGGCACUUCAGGACUCUGAAACAAUCCUCAAGGUUUAG